UUGACCGUUGCCUGACGGACACUGCCACCGCGUCAGGUGACCAGGCGACGUCAUCUGACCGCAGGCAUCCGAUGUUUCGUCAUUCCAAAUAUCUUCAGGCUGUCAGCUUUGGUUGCUCACACUUACCCCACACAUCGUUAUAGACUGCUCUACAAUUAUUGAAAACUCGCGCAGAUAGGACGCUCUAGACUGUGACUUACCAUACCCCGCCACAAUGUGUGGUUCAGAUAUCUUCCUGGGAAUUCUCGCCAUCUUCUUCCCCCCCGUUUCAGUAUGGAUUAAAGUAGGCAUUUGCACAGCUGACUCGAUCAUUAACCUGGCACUCUGCUGCCUCGGCUAUGUUCCAGGCCUGCUACAUGCCUGGUACAUCAUCCUCAAACACCCCGAGCCGGACUACGAUGACCCAAGCUACGAGCCCAUUCCCGCAGGUCCAGGUCGGGGCAGGGACGUGGAAAACGGUCGCGUGACAUACUACUACGUUUCACACCAGCCGGGCCAGCAACCUCCACCCAGAGCCUACGGCACGCUGGGAUCGCAAAAUCCAGCCCGGACAGCCCAAUCCGACGGUCGCCAGGCCGCCCCUAAGCCGCAGCAGGGCCCCCCCGCCGAGGGUGGCAGUAGCAGCCAGUCGCAUGACGAUUCUCGGCCCCCUCCGACCUAUGCGGAAGCAGUGAAGGGAGACAACAAGGUGCAGACGGAUGAUUGAAUUGUUCUAGGCGAGAGGCAAGAUAAGAGAUGGCUUUUUGAUGGUUGGUAGGAGCUGCCGUCUAUUCUCGCCUGGAGGUCGCGCUGCACUUGGGGGUUGCCUGCCAGGCUGUCUGUCAUACACUGUUUGCUUUCUCCCGCCACCUUGAUAAUCCGAAUACGCUGGGAGUUACCUUGGGCCAGGGAAUUUGCUAUGUACUGUACUUAGGAUCACUUAAUGCUUAUGUUCGUCACGUCAGCGAGUCAAUGAUAAGAUACCUUUGAAUUUUCCCAUCAU